UAUCUAGCUGACUAGCCAAGUACACACGUACAGUGCUAGCGCCUGAUCGAGUUAUGGGGAGGCAGAUCGCCGCCCUGUGCGGGCUUGUCGUCGUGCUGCUCCGGCUCACGUCCGGCGUGGAUGCACAGACGGAGAUUCUCUUCCAGGGGUUCAACUGGGACUCGUGGAGCAAGCAGGGGGGCUGGUACAACAUGCUCAAGGGCCAGGUCGGCGACAUCGCCGGCACCGGGGUCACACGCGUCUGGCUGCCACCACCUUCGCACUCCGUUUCAUCUCAAGGCAAACCCACACCAUCGUCUACGGUUCUCCUGCGUCGUUGCUACAUGCCGGGCCGGCUCUACGACCUGGACGCGUCCAAGUACGGCACGGCGGCGGAGCUCAAGUCGCUCAUCGCGGCCUUCGGCGCCAAGGGCAUCAAGUGCGUCGCGGACGUCGUCAUCAACCACCGCUGCGCCGAGGACAAGGACGGGCGCGGCGUCUACUGCAUCUUCAAGGGCGGAGGGCCGGAGGGCCUCCUGGACUGGGGUCCCGGCAUGAUCUGCAGCGACGACACCAAGUUCUCCGACGGCACGGGCCACCGUGACACCGGCGCCGACUUCGCCGCCGCGCCCGACAUCGACCACCUCAACCCGCGCGUCCAGAAGGAGCUCUCCGACUGGCUCAACUGGCUCAAGUCCGACCUCGGCUUCGACGGCUGGCGCCUCGACUUCGCCAAGGGCUACUCCGCCGACAUCGCCAGGACGUACGUCCAGAACACGAGCCCCGGCUUCGUCGUCGCAGAAAUAUGGAACUCCCUGAGCUACGACGGCGACGGGAAGCCCGCCGUCAACCAGGACGGGGAGCGGCUGGAGCUGGUGAACUGGGCGAAGGCCGUCGGCGGCCCUGCCAUGGCGUUCGACUUCACGACCAAGGGCAUCCUGCAGUCGGCGGUGCAGGGCGAGCUGUGGAGGAUGCGGGACAAGGAGGGCAAGGCUCCCGGGAUGAUCGGCUUGUUGCCGGAGAAGGCGGUCACGUUCGUGGACAACCACGACACUGGCUCGUCGCAGAAGAAAUGGCCGUUCCCGGCCGACAAGGUCAUGAUGGGCUACGCCUACAUCCUCACCCACCCUGGAGUCCCAUGCAUCUUCUAUGAUCACGUGUUCGACUGGAACCUGAAGCAGGAGAUCAACGCGUUGGCGGCGGUGAGGAACCGCAAUGGGAUCAACGCCGGGAGCAAGCUACGCAUCCUGGCGGCGGAGAGCGACAUGUACGUGGCGACGGUUGACGAGAGAGUUAUCGUCAAGCUCGGACCGAGGUUCGACGCGGGCAGCGUCAUCCCGUCGGACUUCCACGUGGUGGCUCACGGCAAUAACUACUGCGUCUGGGAGAAGAGCGGCCUUAGGGUGCCGGCCGGCCGGCGCUAGCUAGCUAGACGUUAGCAACUUUGCACCGGCGGCGGCCAGACCGUACGUUGUACUCUUCUAUACUAUUACUAAUAAAAGAUCAAACGAAAACUUCUUACAC